AUAAAAUGGCUGCUGAAGAUAAAAAUCCAAUAGUUCUCAACUUUAAUGACAGCUUAUUGCACAAGUCUGACGUUGAUUUGCUGAUCGGUCCACAUUGGAUAAAUGACCAAUUACUUAACUUUUGUUUUGAGUACUAUGAAAAGGAACAGUUUAGUCAUUCAGCAGACAAGUUGGCACUUCUCAACGCUGAUGUUGUGCAGUUUGUCAAGUUAGCACAAGAUAACGACAUUGGAAAUUUUCUGGCUCCACUCAAUCUUCCAUCCAAACAGUUUGUAUUCCUCCCAGUGAAUGAUAAUCAGGUGGUCAACCAGACAGGGGGAAAUCAUUGGAGUUUACUAGUGUAUAUCAGGAAUAAGCAAGAGUUUCGCCACUACGACUCUUUAGAAGGUAGAAAUCAGGAAAUAGCAAGAACGCUUGCAUACAAAAUACAACCAUAUGUUCAAGCACCGAGAGGUAGAAUGAAGGUGUUGGAAGUGGAAAGUCCGAGACAAACAAACGGUUACGAUUGUGGAAUGUUCGUUAUCGCAGUUGCGGAACAUUUGUGUAAAGAACUUUGUGAAGGUUACACAAUACCUUUAAAUGACCUUGUGAACCCUGAAUCUGUGUCAAAGAAACGCUCGCAAGUUAAAGAACUUAUUUACAAUGUUGCCGAAGAGUUCGGUACUUAACAGCCGUUCAAGUGCUUUAAAGUUGGGUUUGCAUCAUAUAUUGGUUUGCAUAUUAGGCCUUAUAAAAUUUACCUUUUAAGCUCGACAUUUCGAAGAAUAAGCAGGCUAUUCUACUCCCUCUUUUGUUGGCUUUUGCUUCAGCAUCUGGUUUAAGUUCAAGGGCAAAUUUGCCAUAUUUUCUCAAUACAAGUUAUCGCUUUUGAUUGACUUAAGUACUUCGGUGUAAGUUUUAGGGCAUAUUGUGUCAGGUUUAAGUUUUAGGGCAAAUUGGGAUUGGGAAUAGCUUUUAUACCCUUCAUUCAAUUGACUGAACACUUCAAAAAAUUAUUGAGGACCGUCUUACAAUAAGGUUACAUAAAUUCAUUUUAUCCUAAAUACAAAUUAUGGCCCCUGAUUAACUUGAAAAGUUUUAGGGCACAUUGUGUCCGCUUUAAGUUUAAGGACGAGUUGGGAUUUUUACUUAUUACUUCAAUACCCUCCAUUAAAUUCACUUUAUACUUCACACAGUUGUUAAGGCUACCACACAAUUAGGCUACAAAACUACAUAUUUCCCUAAACUAAGUUAAGGCUCUUGAUUGAAGGGUUUGUUAAAGUUUCUGAGCAACCUUGGGUUUUAAAUCAGAUCUCAGAUGCUGUUUAUUCAUUGGCCUUCAUUCUUUACACAGUAGCCAUCACACAAUGAGAUUACAUUAUUCCAUAUAAACCUUAAAUACAAAUUAUGGUUCUUGAUUGACUUUUUUUUACUUUAUUAAUUGCUUCUGACAUGCACAUUUUUAAACAGAUUUACACAAAGUGCUAUCAUAUUGUGACGUUACCUGUUAACUUUUUGAUUUGACUUUUUUUUUAAAUGUAAGUAUUACAAUAUCUUACAGCAAUAAUGAUAUUUAGAAAAAUACUGUAUUUAGUUUGAAAUUUUGAUUAUCCCUACCAUAUGCCAAGUCACAAAGGCUUAGAAAGAGGAACCACAUGGCUGUUUCAGCAGGAAACGUUUUUUAUGCGAAUUGAAAAACUUCUUAAUUUCAUUUUUUGAAAUAUACAAAAUAUAUUCAUGCACUAUGCGUGAUGUGCAUGCUUUUAAAGCUUUGACCAGGAAUCCGCUAAACAUUUUGAGUAUAACAGUUUUCAAUAUUUAUUUAACAAACUUACUGGCUUACACUGGAUUUUACGAAACAAAAAGUUGUUUGACAUGGCUACCUUCCAAAUAUAUUUUUUUUAAAGUCUCAAAAUUCUUUUUUACACAAGUUAUACAAACACAAAAGUGUUGACUUUAGCUUAAUCCUGUUAUAAAGUUAAUAACAAAGGACUUCCGCUUAUUUGGAGAAAUUGGGCCCUGCAAUUAUACAAUAUUAAUUGCUAAAUGAAAACUGUUGGUAAAAUAGUGUUGGCCUAAUUGCUGUAUGGUGUAUCUGUUGCACAGUGGAAAAAAUACCUCUAAAAUUAGAACUUAGUUAGUGCUUAUUUUAGCUAUUAGAUUUGUCUAUGAUUAUAUGAAUAGAAUAAUGGUUGUUCGUAGCUCCAGGUAUUUAUGAUCGUUUGUCUACAAAUCACUUUGCUAUUAGAAUAAUUGAUGAGGUGCUGUAGCUAUUUUUAUGAAAACAAUGAAAAUGUUUUUUUCUUUAUGUUAAAGGGAAGAUGUAAUGACUAGGAACUAUAAGCAUAUAUAAUGAUAAAAUAGACGAUUUUACAUUCCAAUGCAAGCCACUACUACCAAUGCUUUAACACAGUUAAAUGUGAAGCAUAAUUCUAGAAUGAAAAAAAAUAUGUUUGAUUUUAAACAAUAUUAUUUGCCAAUAUGGUGAUUUUGGGUGUUAAAAGGGCUUGUUUUUCAAUUCAUCUUUUUAGAGAGCAUGUUUAAAUUAAAGUGCACAUGUUGAAACAUUUCAAAGUAUUCAUUUGGAAUGUGUGAGGAUUAUAUUACCAACUAAAAAUUGUAUUGUCAAGUUUUUGGCAACCGUUGACAUAGCUAGUACAGUCAAGGGCACUGAUACCAGAAAACAGCUAAAGGUCAUAAUUUAUGUGUGUGUGGUCAAAGUCAAAGUCACUGUUACCAAAAACAGCUAAAGGUCAUAGUGUGAGUGUGUUUGGUCAAAAUCAAGUUCAUCUUUACCAAAAAAAUCCCUACUGGUCAUAUUUUGAGUGUGUUUGUUCAAAGUCACGGUCAUUUUAUACAUCAUAUUUGGGUUGUAUUUGGUCAUAGUCAAGGUCACCAUUACUAUGCAAUAGCUACAGGUCAUAUUUUUUCGUUGUCUUUGGUAAAAAUCAACAUUACAUUUAAUCCAAUAGUUUCCAUUUAUUAAUGAGAUGGUUGGUACAGACUACUUGCAAGAAAUUUUGACAUAGCCAGCUGGUGUCCUGUGUGGUGACAUACAUGCACCAGUUUAGGAUUUAUUUGAAAUCAUUUCUUUGGGUUACGGUCAAGGUCACAGCUUCCACUUAUAUUGAGGAAUGUAUGCGUUCAAAACCAUGAGUUGGUAAAGUCUUUUUGCAAUAAAACUGAAUGUACAUGUUAUGCAAACAUUGCAAUCCUCCAAAAUCUGAUUGAAAUGUUGGAUAUAUUAAAGGUAUCAGGCCCACAUAUAUGUGAACUUUUGAUGCUAUUUGACCUCAUAUUAUUUUAGUGUCAUUUGAAAGGGUUUUGUUUGCAGAGAAGGAAAUUGUUAAGAAGAUGCCAAAAAUAAUAGACAAACAAGUUUAACUGGCCAUUAGAGAUUGAAAAUAUACAUAAUUCACACUCAGUUUUAGUUAAAAUAAAGGGCUAAUAUACAAACUUAAAUUACUUCAUGUAUGAUUUACUUUCAAUCAUUUUCAAUAAAUUGUAUUCAGAAAGCAAAUACCUUUCAAAUGAUGCCCAAAGUUACAUGGGGCCCUUGGUAUCAACAUUAAUAUUAAGGUUGAUGGAGCUGGCAGAGAAAAAGCUUAUUUGUAUGGGCUAUUAUAGCCCUUAACGGAUGAUUUGUAUAAUUUAAUGUGUAUUUUACAUUGAAAUGUUUUUUAACUUGUUUGUAAAUUCUACCCAACUUGUUGGAGUAAUUGACCACCAAUGGCUUUAAUUUGGAUGUAUGUAUGUUAAGAGAUUUUUGAGAGGUUGCAAAACAUGUUGUGUAUGUGUUGAUGUGUACGUGUACUUGUUAAUGUGGCUACACGCACAUGUGGCUACACACAAACAUGGCUACACCAGCAUGUAACUACUUGCACUUGUGGCUACUCGCACAUGUGGCUACACCAGCAUGUGGCUACUUGCACUUGUGGCUACACGCACAUGUUAAUUCUAAACGUGUGCGGUGAACACAUACUUCAUGCACAAUAACAAAACCUCACAUGCACAUACCUAUACAAUUUUUUCUCUCGAAACUCGCUUUUAUUGAACAAUAUUAAAGAUCCCUUGAAAUACGAUUAUGAAUUUUAUGUCAGACUUAGUUAUGUAUUAUACUGAUAAUAUAUAUUUACAUGUAUAUACUACUGGAUAUUUGAGGCUAUCACUUGUUUAACAAACUCAGGGCGAACAUGAUAUGCGUAAGAGUUGAAUGCAUUUACGUCUUAUACUGUCUACCACAUGUACUAGUUUAUUACGCAGGACUUUGAAGCAGUCUGUUAAGCAAAAGGCUUCUCUUUGUUGGGGAAAUUUAAUUUAAUUUUGUUCACUUAUUCAGUCCAUAUUUAGCUCGAGAUUUGAUAUUUUCCCGUAGUUUCUGUUUUGUUAUGUACAUGUUUUUUUUUUGAAACUAGAUGUUGUUGAAUUCAGAUUUUACAGGGGUUCUUAACUUCAGGAUUUAUUCUGGAAUCCGGAUUAAGCACUUAUAACUUUAGACUUAUAAUUGUACAGCUGUAAAGAUUUUUUGAUUUUUUUUGUACUGGACAUUUGCAUAAAAAAUAGUACCUUUGAAUGAAUUUAAACGACCAUGAAAACAAUGUCAAAAAGGGUUUAAUCCCCUUUAACCCUUCUUCAGACAUGAAUCCUCAUACUUAAUCAGACUCCUGGCUAUUUUUCAGGAUUGACAAUUUUCACAUAUAUAUGAACUAAUGUUUAAGGUUGCUAUGUAAAUACAGUAUUUGGCUCUAAAUUAUGUGAAGAAGUAAGGUAUAAACUGGAUAAUGUAUUCUUGCUUUUGAACAUAGAAAAACUGCCUGAAUAUUGUUUUAUUUUUAUUUUUUUUACAUUCUCAUUGUAGAUACAAUAUAAAGUCAUUUAAGCAUUGUAUGCAUGUGCAAAACCAUUAUGGCUCACUCUUCAAAAAGUAUGAUGUUUCACAUUUUGUCUAUUUUGGUAACUGCUCAUUGGUGUUGUGAAAACAUGCAUGGUUAAAUGUUUACAUUGAAUUGAAAUUAAAGAACCAGGAUUUUUAUGCAUUUUUGCUUUCUGUCCUUCAAAAUGUCUGAUUGUUUUAUCUUUACUAAGCAGGUAUUUAAUUACCGGUAUAUUUUAAGCUUGAAAAAAAUGCCAAGUAUUGUAUCAGUAUUUUGUAGUCGGCAGUGUUGUGCUAAACUCCAACCGUGGACGUAACUCUCAAACCGCUCAAGAUGUUGUUAUAAAACGCAUAUUGCAAUUGAAAUCUUGCCUAUAUUUGGCAAGACCAAUUACUCUGGCUUUACUGAUCAUUGAGUUAUGCCCCUUUGUGACUAAAAAACAUCCCUCAUGCAGGCUCUUGUUCGAAGCAAGACGGUUUCAUGCAUUAAUCUUCUAAGAUAUUCAUUUAUAUAGAAGCAUAACCAUGUAAAAAGGAGAUUAUGUCUUUUCGUGUUCUUGCUUUUUUUCAUACAAAACCAUACAUAAUUUGUUACGAUUGUUAUUUCUCCAUUCAUAUAAUUGUAUCCAGUUGAUUGCUGAUUUUAAUGCUGUUGCCGCCUUAGAUGUCUGCAUUUGUUGAAAAUGUUUUAUUCUUUCAUCUUUUAUGCAAUGUUCAUGAUGUUAUUCUACAAAUAUCAUACUCGUAAUCUAGAAUAAAAAAAGUUGAUUCUGCUAAAACAUUAACACAACAAUUCAUGUUUAUAUUUCACUUUUUAAAUAUUACCUAAAAUUAAAAGUAUAUUUACAUGAACAAUUUGAAAUCUCAUUCCAUCAUUUAUGACUUCAGGGUCACUUAAAGACAUUAAUAUUAAUAUCUGAUUAUUAUUUUUGAAUAUAAAGAUCGCAUUUCAUGAUGUAAAUUAAAAAGCAAGUAGUGAUGGUGCCUUGUCUGCUGUAUGCUUGUAUAUACAUAUAUGUUCUGCCAUUAUAUCAUUUAAUCAAUUCUUUCCAUUGUUUGUUAUUCAUAUUAUGUUUGUGGUUAAAGUAAUAGACAGAUGACAUUCUAAAGUUUUCCAAGUAAAUUCUUAAUGAAUAGGAAUGGGCAGAGUGAGUGUAGCAAAGAGCCCUUUCUUAGUCAUAGAAAUAACUUCAGGUUAUUUAACUGACUUAGAAUACAACCUCAUUGGCUAAUACAUUGUCAACGCAAAAGCUGACACAGUGAGUGUGUAUCGGAUGAAUGGCAGUAGGCGGAUCCCACAAAAGGUGAAAUUCUUAAUGAUUAAAUCUAGUACUUAAUGAUUGUCUUUCUUCAAUUUCAUUGGCUUAAAAUGAAGGUUGUAUUCUAAGAUGGUAUAAAUAUGAGUGCUAUGCCUUGUUUUGAAAAUCUUUAGAAAAACAAAAUUUUAUAGUGCAUUGUACAGAUUUUUUAAUCUUGUUUUUUUUUUGGUCCAAAGAAAAAUUAUUUCUAUAAUUAUCCGUGAAACAUUUGAUUAUGUUCAUUUCUGAUCUGUUGUUAUUUCUGUUUGAGAACUAAAUGAUGUUACUAUAUUUACCGAGUUUUAUUUUUUUCAUUCAUUAUAAAUGUCAUAUAUUUGUGAGCUGUUAUAUGUGUUUUAAAUGCUUAAGCUAUUUUGGAAGAUAUAAUCCUUUUUCGGCUUGCUUGAAUCCAUGUUUAUAAUGUUACAUAUGAAGGAUUGAAGUACAAAAAAUAAUGUGCCAUUUUAAGAACCACAUUCAAUGAAUUUAGACUGAAAUGUCAGCCUAAAUUUUGGUUGUGAAUCUUAAAUUUAUUUGUGAAUAACUCCAUUGAAUUUGCACUAUUUAAGUGCUCGAAAAUCUGGCUUUAAUUAUUGUUAAAACAAGUAUUAACGUUCACUCCUCUGUCCUUUUGUUUAUUUUUUUAUUAUUUCAUUAUGUUUCAUUUUUGUUUGUUUUGUUUUGCUUUACUUACUUGAGCAACACAUUAUUUUUCUGAUUUUUUCUUAAAUCUGAAUAAAUAAAAAAAAUGUGAUUCAAAAGCUAUGCCAAAGCUAAAAAAAUAUGUAUGUAACUUAUGGACCAUCCUAUGAUACCCACGGCUGAAUUUGAUUCUGUUACUUGUCAGCAAUAUAAAAAGCGUUAACGAUGGGUUCUGAUUAAGUGCUGGCCAGUAUCCAAAGGAUGGUUUUGGACCCAUAUUAAAUUUUCUUAUCUCAGGCGCUUGUUUCGUUUUUCAAACCCCUCAACUUUUUUUUCCAACAAUUAUUUGACAGUAGUGUUUCAAGUUGUCAAAAUUUCUAAUUAUUUGUAGAGGUACUGUAAUAAAUGUUAACAAGGAGCAUUGGUAUGUUUUGGUAUCCAGGCUAUUAGUCACAGGGCCAUUUCAAUAAAGGUCUUAGUUAAUUUUAGUCGUAAAUUAAAAUCAUCUUAGUGUCAUAGUUUCAUUAUUUUAUUACAUUAUUUGGGUGAAUUGAACUUUAGCCAGCAUUAAAAUUGGGAACAAAGUUGAGAAAAAUCAAUGAUCGCCAUUCGUGACAUUUAUACAUAUUUAAGAUUAUUAAAGUUAUACGACUAAAAUUCUUUAUUGAAACCGUAUUACAUUAGGGAUAUUCCAGGAAAACAUAUAACCCUCAGGGUGGGUGUCUUUUCGCUAAAUUAGACCCCAACAGGGUAAAUUUGCUUCUGUAGGGGGGUGGCAUGAUUUAAAAGUGCCUUCCCACUGGGGGUUAUAUGUUUAAAUGGAAGAGCCCUUAGUCAACAUAUAUCUAUAUCAAACAUGUAUCUCUAGAAUUCAAAAUAUUGUAUGGUCAGCUUUGUAUGAUGUUUAUCAUGCCCUUGAGAUAAGAAAAGAAUAAUAUUUAUGACCCCACAAAGUGGCGGCAUAUAGGGUUGCCCUUGUCCGUACGUACGUACGUCCCGAAUAUUGUUUCCGAUCUAAUUCUUGAAAACUGUUUGUCCAAUCCUCACCAAACUUUAAACACAUGUUUGUGACCAUAAUAUCUUGAUCAAGUUCGAUAGUCAUGGAAAUCGCUUUAGUCAUUUAGGAGUUACGGCCCUUUUUUGCCAAAAAUACUUCAAAAAUAUAUGUUUCCAAUCUAAUUCUUGAAAAGUAUGUGUCCAAUCCUCACCAAACUUUACAUACAUGAUUGUGACCAUAAUAUCUUGAUCAAGUUCGAUAGCCAUGGAAAUCGCUUUUGUCAUUUAGGAGUUACGGCCCUUUAUUUGCAAAAAAAGACUUGAGAUUAUCCUGAAUAAUCAUUAUGGCUUAUUUUCUGUGACAAAAAAUCGAAGUGGGGGCAUCCGUGUCCUAUGGACACAUUUCUAGUUUUGUCCUGAAACUCCUAGGAAAUGUGUAUGAAACAUGUAUAAAUAUUAUGUGUAAGGUUGUCGGAGAAUAUGCUCUAGCCAUGCUGGUUUGUUAUUAAGCAGCAUUAUAUUUUAAAGGUAUUCUAGGUUUUAUACCAGUAUCAUUGUAUUGACAUUAAACAAUCUGUUUUGUGCUUAAUUCCUAACACCAAUGAUUACUUGUAUUUGUUUUAUCUAAAUAAACCAAAGGGUCGCAUUGCCCAAAGUAGAUUUUCCACAUUUAAAAAAAAACGAAAUUAAUCUUCCAACUGUUGGUCCAGAAUCCAGUGAAGUGGCUCACAUACCUGUAAUUGUUUGCAUGCUAUUAAAAGUAAAGAUCUACAGGGGAUAAUGUUUACCAUGUAUUAGCAAAACAUUAAUUGUUUUAAGAAUAUAUAUAUUCACCAAUGGAAAAGGUGUGUUUUGUUGAUGCUGUUUUACAUUGUAAUUUAAUCAUUUGCUAUCCCAAAGAUUGUUAAAAGAAAUAUAAAAUUAUGUAUAGAUGAUAUGAAAAUAUAAUUUUGAAGCCAG